CAGUCAAGGAAAUGGACUCGAUCCUAUGCAAGGAAAAAGGUAAGGGAGAUUUAGAGCGCAAAAAGCGAGUUGCACUUGGAUAUAAACGUGGUAUAGAGUGGCUUGCAUCGAAAGAAAAGGGAUCUGGACUAGCCAGAGUGUGGUCGUAAAAUGACUUCGCUUCUUCCUUUCACGCCGCCCAUAGUUAAAAGGCUGCUGGGCUGGAAAAGAAGUACGGAUGACGAUGAUAAAUGGGCCGAGAAAGCCGUGAAGAGUUUAGUGAAGAAAUUGAAGAAAACUGGAGGCCUCGAGGAGCUGGAAAGAGCGAUCACCAACCCAAGUAUUCCCACAAAGUGUGUCACAAUACCUCGCAGUUUAGAUGGCCGUUUGCAAGUGUCGCAUCGUAAAGGCUUACCGCAUGUGAUUUACUGUCGGUUAUGGCGUUGGCCCGACUUGCAAAGCCAUCAUGAACUGCGACCUAUCGAGUCCUGUGACUAUGCCUUUAGCUUGAAGAAGGAUGAAGUUUGUGUGAAUCCUUUUCACUACCAGCGAGUGGAGACCCCAGUACUUCCACCUGUCCUUGUUCCGCGUCAAACAACAGAACUACCCAGAGAACGCCCACCAUUGCCUGAAUACACACGGCCUGAAAAUACCACAUUUCCUACUCAAGAACCAACUAAUUCACCAUUUCACCAACUGCCUGAUACUCCAACAGGGGGAUACAUGUCUGAAGAUCAGUGCUCUGACAUGUCUGGAGACCAACCACAAAGUAUGCAGACAGAUCCUGGCCCAUUAUCUCCAGACCCCACCCUUGCAGAUGCUCAGCCUGUUCAGUACACUGAACCAACUUACUGGUGCCAGAUUUCUUAUUAUGAGAUGAAUACAAGAGUUGGGGAUAUUUAUCAUGCAGCUCGGCCAAGUCUCACUGUUGAUGGUUUUACAGAUCCCUCUAGUUCUGACAGGUUCUGUCUUGGAUUGUUGUCAAACAUUAACCGAAACCCUCAGAUAGAGAUGACACGGAAACACAUUGGAAAAGGAGUACGUCUGUACUAUAUUGGUGGCGAAGUGUUUGCCGAGUGCUUAAGUGACAGUAGUAUAUUUGUUCAAAGCCCCAACUGUAAUCAAAGGUAUGGCUGGCAUCCAGCAACUGUUUGCAAGAUUCCACCUGGGUGCAACUUAAAGAUCUUCAAUAACCAAGAAUUUGCUCAGCUAUUAUCACAGUCUGUCAAUCAAGGCUUCGAGGCUGUGUAUGCAUUAACUCGUAUGUGCACAAUCAGAAUGUCUUUUGUCAAAGGCUGGGGUGCUGAAUAUCGCAGACAAACUGUGACAAGUACACCAUGCUGGAUUGAGCUUCACCUUAAUGGCCCUCUUCAGUGGCUUGAUAAAGUACUUACGCAGAUGGGAUCUCCCUCAAAUCCGUGCUCAUCAAUGUCAUGAUGCAUGUUUAUACAGACUUAAAGAAUUUAUCGUGUGACUGUCUGCAAUGCUGAAGAAUGUAAGUUAGACAAUAAAAGCUACUCCUAUGUUCAAGACCAUAUAUACAGGUUUGUAUCAAGGGUCCAGUCAUAUUGCAUAGAACAAGUAAGAUCCUUCUCAAAAAAGUAAUCUUCAUGUAUUAAUAAAUUAUAUUUUAUAUAAUUAUGAAAUCCCACUAUUACAUAUAUGGUGUAAAUGUGCCAUUGUUGUUUUAGAGAGAGGGUACAUUUCUAAAAUGUCAUUAUCAAUUGCAUUUGGCAAAGAAAAGAGAAAAAAAAGGUUUAUUGCAUUCUGCAGGGAAGUUAGACCACGGUACACCUUGGGUUACUUUAUCAGCAGAUGCAUUUGACUGAUGUAUCAGGAACAAAUUGCUGGUUUUAAUUACUAUUUUUUUUACUCAUGUUCAUCGUAAGAAAGAAUCACGAGUAUACACAUGUAUUUUAGGGCAACACAGCUGAAGCUGUGGUGAUUUUUAGCAUUCAGGACUCAGCUACUGAAGUAUAUGUCGAUACAUGUACAUGUACAAUUUAUAGGGUUAUUUCCAUGAAAUUAUAAAGAUAACUGAAAUCUAAAUUUUAUCAGCGAAGACAAAAGUAUGACUAGUAAUAAUAUGUCAUCCAAGAUUAUGAGAUCCAAACUUAAGAUCAGUGAAGAGGUAACAAAUUGCUGUCAACAAAUGACCUUUCAUUGACGAGGACGAGUGCAAUUGUUAUUCUCGCCAGUGAAACAGAAUUUCACUCAUAAAUUAGCUGCUGUACUGUACAUGUAUUGAAGAUUUUGUCAUAAUAUUCACUGUGAAGAAAAAAAUACAGAUUAGUUAACUUUGUAACAGGUUUCUAUUAAUGCUUGUGGUUAAAUGCAUACCGGGGUAGAUUUUUACUUUGUCACCCUUUUGCGUGAAAUUCAAGCUUAAUUUGGUGCUUGCUGUAUGCUUCAUGUCUUUUUAUCUGUCGGCUCGUUUUGUGAUAAGAACAAUAGUACAUAUAUGCGAGCCACCAGCUAGCUUGAUGGGUUUAGGAUUUUUAGGUGUAGGUUUAUUAGUCCUUAUUUUUUUUUUACAUGUACAGUGAAAUGACUGUCUAUCCUGUUGCCACUCAUCAAAGCUUGUUUUAUUUUUUUUGUUGCUGAUUUUUGCUUCCCUGAACUUCUAAACUCGACUCCACUGGUGAAUACCAGUGUGGGACGAAUUGAAGAACCUUAUAAGUGAGUGAUAGACGACUGUACUCUGUAACAUUUUGAAACUUGAAGCUAUAUAGUCUUAGGGUAGUGAUGAAAACAGCUGCGCUCAAGAGGGAACUCAUCAUUACAAGAGUUUAAAAGUGUUCUCUUCCCUUAUGAGAUCUUGUUAAUACUAUUGAGUUUGAUUGAACAUGUGGCAAACGGUAAACCAUGAAAUGCUAUUCCAUGGACAUUUCACCUGGUGUUAAUGCACUUUUUCGUUUUCAGAGCUAACAUUGCAAAAUAAUGUUGCACGCUUAUUAACUAGUAAUUCACCCCACCUGCCACUCCAAAACAUCAACAAGCUGUCUUCACCACUACCCAGGUAGCCAUCUUUAUCCACUCAAAAAAAAA